AUGGGGUUGUGCACAAAAAACAAAGCUCGCUCCCCCUCUCGCCGCGAGAAGCCAGUAGAGAUCGAGCCUGCUGCUGGAGCAGCGGCAGCAGCAGCACCCCCAGCAGCAGCAGCAGCAGAAGAAGAAGAAGCAGCAGAAGCAGUAGCAAAGGAGCCUAUUCUUGAAGAGGAGCUGCAUGCAGCCCCGCAGCGUCAAGGAGACGAGCAGACAGUUGAGUGCGAAGAGACGACUGUCCUUGUUGUCGAAGGUCCAGCCCCAGCAACUGCAGCAGCAGCUGCCGCUGCCGCCGCAGCAGUAACAGCAAUUGCAGCAGAAGCAGCAGCAGCAGAUGCAGUUGUUGAGAAGCCCCCAUCAAGAAGAGAGGUUGAGGCAAGUAUCCACGGGAACCCCCCUCCUCUUCGUAAUGACUCUGCAGCUACUUCAUGCGCAGGGCUUACAGAUGCAGACGGCCUAAGCAGACCCGGCACUCUGCAGCUAGACGGAGAGAAAGAAAAAGAAAAAGCUGCAGGGGAGGGAGAGAGAGAAACAGAGACAGAGCAGCAGCAGCAGCAGCAGCAGCAGCAGCAGCAGAGCGCAGCAAACAAUGGAGAAGCAGACGUCAAUGAAGAGGCCUCAACUCCUGCCCGAGAAGCAGCAGCAGAGGCAGCAAAAAGAGAAGAAGAAGACGAAGGUGCUGCUGCUACUUCUUCUGCUGCAGGUGCUGCUGUUGAGUUUACAAUGACAGUGCAGCGUACGUUUUCCUCGCUUAAAGAGUCUCUCAGCCGCAGCUACAUGAGCCUGCGGUCUUUUACCGAGAGCAGAGAGGAGGCCCCCUCAAACAACAACAACAACGACAGCAGCAACAGCAGCAGCAACAGCAGCAGCAACGGCAACAGCAGCAGCAGCAGCAGCAGCGGUGGAGGGGUGCUUCCUGCUGCAGAGCAAUGCGUAUGCGGCGUGCUGAAUGACUUAACUGAACUUGGAGAGAAAGCACUGCCAUGCGUAUUAGGAGAAAACUCUGACAGCGAAACAGAGAUCCCCGCUGGUGCUGUUCCGUUGCCUCCGCCGCAGAUUACGAUGAUUGUGAAUACACCCGCAGGGGCUUAUCUUCGCGUAAUUCCUCAGGAAUUGGUUCAAGACGCCAUUGAUAUGGGUUUUAUUUCACAAGAAGAAGUAAAUAAACAAAAACAAUUGUGGGAAGAUAAAUGGGGAGGUCUGCGCAUUCAAUAUUCUCCUGCAACAUCAUUCGCUCAUCAAGAUGUUAAGGUGUGA